AUGCUAAGUUUCAUAAACCGUCUUUAUACCGGGUUCAUAUCCCCUCCUGAAUCAUCGAAGGUAGAUGAUCCAGUGCGAUUUGGUGUGCUGGGUGCCUCAUUUAUCGCGCCCAUGGCGUUGAUUCUACCUGCUAAGUCGCAUCCCGAAGUUCUCGUCGCCUGUGUAGCUGCCCGAGAUCGUGCUAAAGCGGAACUCUACGCAAAAAAGCACGGCAUUCCUGUUGUUCAUAGCACUUACGAGGAUCUCAUUAAUGACCCAUCAAUUUCCUGUGUGUAUAUUGCUUUGCCCAAUUCACACCAUUAUGAAUGGGCUCUUCGUGCAAUCAAAGCUGGAAAACAUGUCUUACUUGAAAAACCAUCUACUUCGAAUGCAAUUGAAGCCAAGAGACUUUUCAACCAUUCCAAAAUGAAGGCGGACGAUGCGCCUGUGCUGCUAGAGGCUUUUCACUACCGAUUCCACCCAGCAUGGCAGAAGUUUCUUGCGCUGAUUCACAAGGACCCAUUAGCAGGUCCCGUGAAAAGCGCAUAUAGUCAAUCCUACUUGUGGAAAGGCUUUUUAUCCAGUGAUGAUAUUCGUCUGAAGUACUCAUUGUCUGGCGGCUGUACAAUGGACUUUGCAACGUACAAUAUUUCACAUAUUCGGCAAAUCUUCGAUGACCAGCAUCCGCAAGUAGAAUCCACCAACUUCCGAAUGGUAGUAGAUAAAGGAUCAGCAGCAAGGGAAGAGGACUCAAACCAAAUCGACGAAGCUGUAACAGCAACCUACAAGUCUAAAAGCGGAGCCCAAGGUCGCAUAGUCGCUGACAUGAAAACGACUGGAGGUUGGCCGUUGUUACCUUCAUCGUGGACGCGAAAUCUCCCAAGCUUCGGGUGGCCGAAAUGCGUCGCUGAAUUAGAUGAAAAGCAUAUCUACGAUGAAAAGAUCGGCGAGAGAGAGACUCAUACCGUCCAAAGAACCGUCACCAUGCUGAAUCAUCUCAUUCCGCAAAUUUAUCAUUGUAUUAUUGUUGAAGACAAACACGUCAUUAGACAUGAAUUGCAAGUUGUGCGAUCAUGGACAGAGAAGAAGAACGUAAAGGCUUACGACUGGCUGGACAAAUCGGACGGCCGUCAAGGUGCCGACUGGUGGACGACAUAUCGAUACCAACUCGAAGAAUUUGUCAACCGUGUUAAAGGCCGCAAUGGCAGCGGGGUAUGGAUCGACAGGCAAGAUAGCAUCAAUCAGAUGGAGGUAGUCGAUGAGACGUAUAGGAAAGGAGGCUUGGAGAUCCGACCAACAAGUGCAUUGGAGUCAUAG